AGUUUUCAUCUGUCUCCAAGCGAUCUCCAAUGACUUCUGUUCCUUCUCCUCCUGAGCUGGAAAUUAAUGAUCUUGUUGAGGUACUUCAGUUACUUAGGAGACAUGGUUAUUCAGGAGUCAAAUGUUUUGAUCUUGGUCUUUAUCUUGGUCUAUCUCCUACUACACUGGAUGUCAUCAUGCUAAAUCAUAAAGGAGAUAUUGAGAGCUGCCUUCGUGAGUGUCUCGCUAAAUGGUUAGAGAAAGCUGAUAAAGUACAGGAGACUAAAGGUGGUCCUAGUAUCUAUUCAUUGGUAUCAGCAUUGAGGAAAAUAGGAAUGAACGGAGUAGCUGAUAAAAUAGAUAUGGACAGGCAUCCUGCUUGUAAAAUUCUAGCCCGUUAUACUUCAAAACGAUCUCUUGUGUCUGCUCUAUCUCAGUUGGUUAUAGUUUUGUAUGCAGCAGAACUGAUAAAAGAGAUGACCCUCCCAGCCAAAAAAAAAGGAAGAGCACUGCUUAUUCAAAUAAAAGAAGCUGUUUGUAAAGACUUAAACAAACUUGAAUCAUUUGCUAAAAUUUUAAGUGGCAACGCAACCACUGCUGAGAUAGGAAAUACUAUUAUGAAAGCCUACAGAGAACUUGAUCAUUUAAUUGAAGGCAAUGUAUUAGAGGAAGGCGGGUUGAAAAUUUAUCUUCCUACAAGUGUUACUAAAGAGUUUAAGAUGCUGCGAUUGAAGUUAGGGCAAACACUUUUCAAAGUUGGAUCAAUCAUGAUGAGAAACCCUCAGGCUCCACAUAUUGAUAAUAUCAAAUAUGUACUGGGUGCAUAUGACAAAGCAUUAAGGCCUCAGUUAGCCCAGUGUAAAGAUGUCCAUGAAAUUCUACAAUUAGCUGGAGAUAACAGUUCACUUGAUGACAUUAGUUUGCUGGAGUUUUUCAUUGAUGAGUUUAAUAUAGAGGAGGCAAAGGUAGUCAUUCAGGAAUAUAAAGAAGCUAUUGAAGUGUUAAAGGAAAAUAAACUUAGUCAAUGUUUAAAUGAGCAAUUUUCAAGAGCUUCACCAUUUGAAUAUGAAAGAAUCACCAUUGUCAUUGAUAAAGAUGCUAAUGAAGUAAUACUGAGAGAUGUCAGGAGAUUGUCAUCAGCUGUAUUUGAGGAUUUAUUAAAGCAC